AGCUAUUUUCAAGCUUAUUUGCAACUUUCAAAUGAACAAGACAAGAGCAGAGGUAAUAUGGAUGUGGUGGUACUUUCAUAAACUGUAACCUUAAGCUGUUUUUUUAUGUACAUAACGGUUCGUAUUGUAAUUGUUUUUUAUUAUUAUUAAUCUUUUAGGCUGCCGCGAGCAUUUCAACGCAUAUAUUCAAUUUUAAAGCUGAAAUGUGUGGUUCAGCUUAAUUAUGAAUUAAAUUACAUGGGCCUAAUAUUGAAUCAAUAAUUCCAAUGACAUCGAAACCGAUUUGUUUGCUUCCAUUCGUGACACGAAGACAGACGUAUAACCUAACAAAAAAUAAAAGCGGACUGGAGUUACUGAUAGGCCUAAUAUGUGCAUGGAUAUUUCUAGAUAGGAUCCGAGCGCAGGCUAAUUUAGUGUAGCUCUACAAUGUUUAAGCACCAUGGAGAACUCCCAUCUGGAAGGUUUGCGGAGAAAGGAGGCCCAUUGUGGGAGAGGGAAUAGGCUAGCGACGGGACGGAAACAGACGCUGUCUACACGUUUCAGAUUCUUAAGGAGGAAUGUUCCAGUACGACGAUCAGAGAGACGUGGAAUGAAAUUAAAAUUCAAACAGCCUUCUGCUCAGAAGCAAUAAAAAUAGAAAUUCCUGCGACAUUCUCUGAAUUCCGCGCGUGGCUGAAAUUGAUGGACCGUGUUGCCUUGACCGGAGAUCAGUUAGGUCGAAUAGACUAGUGUAGACCUCGGCGAUGUCGAUUUUGAGUUAUUAUUAGACAUAUUUAUCGAUGUGUAUAACAAUGCAUUUCGUGUUGCGGAGAGUACGUGAAUGUGACUAUAGCCUAAAGCAUGCAGUAGGCUUGCGAUUUAUUAUUCUUUGAACAAAAUGCAUUUGUUACGUUCUGAACAAAUGAAUCCGCUACAUAUCCCGAAAUGCUUUGCGGUGUGAAUUUGUGCUCAUGUAGGCUGUAUGACAGGUCUUUUUGCUAUUCCUUCUCAGUCCAGUAUUCCGCGAACGUCAAAAACCCGUUGUUUGUAUUUUUUCCUCCAAAGAUUGACGUUCAUUGGAUUGGCUGGACGAGCUGCCAGUCAAAUGUGUUCCUGCCUGCUUGGAGCGAAGAGUAAACAGUAGCCUAGCGGGAGCAUGCAGUCCGUUUAGUCUAAAUAUAUCGGAGGCUCCGGCUGGGAAGAGUGAGAGUGGGCACUGAGCAAAAGCCCUACCCGCUAAAGAUCUUACAGAUUGAGCAACCGUAAAGAAGGGGCCUGUGUCUCACGCCUUUAAAAAUGAGCGGAUACAUAAAAGAUACGAAAUGGGAGAAAUCCAAAAUGCCUGCGCAUCAAAGCAGACCUAGGACGAGGGACCGGGGCAGCGUGCUGAACAGACCGGAGUUUUUGUCACUGAACCAGCCCCUCAGAUGUAACGCAGAGGUCCGUGGUUCCGCGCGGCGGCCGGGCCAAAUGAAGCUCCAACAACAACAAAGCCAACAGCCCGAAAAUUCACAGGUGCCUAGCGAGGGCGGUAAGGACCGACGAGAGUCUUUGAAAUUACCAGAGGAAGACUGCAUGCAGCUAAACCCCUCUUUCAAAGGGAUAGCGAUGAACUCCCUAUUGGCCAUCGACAUAUGCCUUUCCAAGCGGCUGGGGGUCUGUGCCUACACCUCAUCUUCCUGGGGCAGCGUCCGCUCCAUGGUCACCCUGCUCGCGCUGACGGGGCACGGAAUCACGUGGAUCUGCGGCACGCUUUUCUGUCUCACCAGGAGCAACACUUUGGCAGGACAAGAGGUCUUGGUCAAUCUACUUCUCGCUCUCAUCCUGGACGUGAUGACGGUGGCGGGGGUCCAGAAGCUCGUCAAGCGCAAAGGACCGUGGGAGAUGAGCCCGGGCUUCCUGGACUGCGUCGCCAUGGACACCUACUCCUUCCCCGCGGCCCACGCCAGCCGGGCAGCCAUGGUGGCCAAGUUCCUGCUGUCCCACCUGGUGCUGGCGGCGCCCCUGCGGGUUCUGCUGGUGCUGUGGGCCUUCCUGGCGGGCAUGUCCCGCGUUCUGCUGGGGCGCCACCACCUGACGGACACGGCGUGCGGCUUUGCGCUGGGCUUCCUGCACUACAGCCUGGUGGAGACGGUGUGGCUCUCCUCCAGCUCCUGCCAGAUGCUCAUCUCCAUAGGAACGCUCAGCUGGAGGCCCUUCGUCUGACCCCCGCUCCGCCCAUCCCAACCCCCCCCCCGCCCCGCCAAGCCUCCUCCCCACGUUCCACUUCCUGCUUUCUGUCCCACUUUCUGUACAGUUCCGACUCUCUCUUUCUCUGUCGUCCUCUUCUUGAUUUUUCGAGACGCUCUCUAAAUGUUUUGCGCAUGCUGUACGCACACCUGCUUCGAUCGAGUUUAACCUCGUUGAAAUGUGUGUAUUUCUCUACUGGCUGAGCGCACACGUCUGCUGAGGUAGAGAGGAAAUGCUCGUCGGUCUGUUCCUGACCUCGGUGCUUUUUAUAAACGCGAGAUCCAGUUUGUCACUUUCGUUACGUUGACCCGUUUCCUGAGUUCGGGUAUGACUCUAACGGUGCUGGAUUUUCCCCUUUGGAACCCUGUUGUUUUCUCAAAUAUCCAAACCCCCGCUCUUACAUGGUUUUGUGUUUUGUGUUACGGUUUGGUCAUAAUUUAAAAACGACGUAAUUUUAUCAUAUGUCAGUUUGAGAAUAUGAUGCCCCCCCCCUCCCCCCUCCCCCCUCCCCCCCAACAUUUUAAAUCAAUUUUUUCUACGGCAGCUGUUUUGAUAUGUACGCAGUUCAAAGCUGCAGUAGCUUUAGCCUGCUGGCAGUCUGGACACAGCUCUUCCUGUAGUUCAGAUUUAAGAAGCUGCAGUAGCUUCAGCCUGCUGGCAGUCUGGACACAGCUCUUCCUGUAUAAUUCAGAUUUAAGAAGCUGCUGUAGCUUUAGCCUGCUGGCAGUCUGGCCUCAGCUCUUCCUGUAGUUCAGAUUUAAGAAGCUGCAGUAGCUUUAGCCUGCUGGCAGUCUGGACACAGCUCUUCCUGUAGUUCAGAUUUAAGAAGCUGCAGUAGCUUUAGCCUGCUGGCAGUCUGGACACAGCUCUUCCUGUAGUUCAGAUUUAAGAAGCUGCAGUAGCUUUAGCCUGCUGGCAGUCUGGACACAGCUCUUCCUGUAUAAUUCAGAUUUAAGAAGCUGCGGUAGCUUUAACCUGCUGGCAGUCUGGACACAGCUCUUCCUGUAGUUCAGAUUUAAGAAGCUGCAGUAGCUUUAGCCUGCUGGCAGUCUGGACACAGCUCUUCCUGUAGUUCAGAUUUAAGAAGCUGCGGUAGCUUCAGCCUGCUGGCAGUCUGGACACAGCUCUUCCUGUAGUUCAGAUUUAAGAAGCUGCAGUAGCUUUAACCUGCUGGCAGUCUGGACACAGCUCUUCCUGUAUAAUUCAGAUUUAAGAAGCUGCGGUAGCUUCAGCCUGCUGGCAGUCUGGACACAGCUCUUCCUGUAGUUCAGAUUUAAGAAGCUGCAGUAGCUUUAACCUGCUGGCAGUCUGGACACAGCUCUUCCUGUAUAAUUCAGAUUUAAGAAGCUGCGGUAGCUUCAGCCUGCUGGCAGUCUGGACACAGCUCUUCCUGUAUAAUUCAGAUUUAAGAAGCUGCGGUAGCUUCAGCCUGCUGGCAGUCUGGACACAGCUCUUCCUGUAUAAUUCAGAUUUAAGAAGCUGCGGUAGCUUCAGCCUGCUGGCAGUCUGGACACAGCUCUUCCUGUAUAAUUCAGAUUUAAGAAGCUGCGGUAGCUUCAGCCUGCUGGCAGUCUGGACACAGCUCUUCCUGUAGUUCAGAUUUAAGAAGCUGCAGUAGCUUUAACCUGCUGGCAGUCUGGACACAGCUCUUCCUGUAUAAUUCAGAUUUAAGAAGCUGCAGUAGCUUUAACCUGCUGGCAGUCUGGACACAGCUCUUCCUGUAUAAUUCAGAUUUAAGAAGCUGCAGUAGCUUUAACCUGCUGGCAGUCUGGACACAGCUCUUCCUGUAAUUCAGAUUUAAGAAGCUGCUGUAGCUUUAGCCUGCUGGCAGUCUGGACACAGCUAUUCCUGUAGUUCAGAUUUAAGAAGCUGCAGUAGCUUCAGCCUGCUGGCAGUCUGGACACAGCUCUUCCUGUAUAAUUCAGAUUUAAGAAGCUGCAGUAGCUUUAACCUGCUGGCAGUCUGGACACAGCUCUUCCUGUAGUUCAGAUUUAAGAAGCUGCUGUAGCUUUAGCCUGCUGGCAGUCUGGACACAGCUCUUCCUGUAGUUCAGAUUUAAGAAGCUGCAUUGGCGCUCUUGAUAGAGCACUAAGUGUGUGCGUGCGUGUGCGUGUGUGUGUGUGUGUGUGUGUGUGUGUGUGUGUGUGUGUGUGUCUGUGUGUGCGUGUGUGUGUGUGUGUGUGUGUGUUGGGGGGUGGGGGGGCGCGGGUUAGGGUUCAUAGAAGGCAUUGCAACUGAAAUAAACCUGAAAUAUACUGAAAUUUGCUAAAAUUUACCAAAUAUACUAAAUAAAUAUUAAAGUCAUCACAAAAUCCUGAGGCUGUUAGAGCUUAGCUCAGGUCAUGUGACUGCUUUCAUGCCCCCCCCCCAAAAAAAAUAAAGAAAAAAGAAAUGCUGUGACCACAGUCAUUGAAAACUCUUCUCCUGAUUUGAUAUAAUAAUAAUAAUUAUUAUUAUUAUUAUUAUUAUUAUUUAUUUUAUAUAGCGCUUUUCAUGGGCUCAAAGAUGCUUUACAGUUACACAUGAUAUGACAUUCGGACCGCGUACAUUUGUCGAUUCAGAAUGCUGGACUUAGUAUGCUGGCCUGGUCUCUCACUGUUACCACGACUGUUAUUUUCAAAAUUGAUAUCUGAUGGAAAGAGUUCUUGUAUUGGAUUAUGUUCAGUAAAACAGUAAAAAAAAACCCAAAAAAAAACCUUCUCAUUCUGAAGUCAGUCUGCAUUCAAACAGAUGGCAAUGUAGGCCUUCUUGUCUGCGGUGUUCAAGAUUAGCAUUGUGCAACACCUUCAGCUACCAGGCUGACAUCACAAAUCAGACAGACUUUUAGGAGGCCAUUUUAAAUUUUUUCUUUUUUUUUAAUACCCCAGUGUUUUAUGGCGAGUCUAUAGAUUCCAGUCAUUCUAGCCUUCCCUUUUUUUCUGAGGUAUUUUUGCCAAAGAGCGACAUUAAUCAUAAACCCAAACCCGAGACACAGAGCGGUUACCUCUUUGCCCAACCGUUUUCUUGGACUUGGAGUUGCUGGGGGUCUUUUUUUGGUGUGUGAAUCAGUGACAGCCUUGGACAUAAUGGCUGACAUCACUUGCGACCCGGGGGUGCCGGGCAUGCGGGGGUUAAUACGUGCGGAACAUGGGGGAAGGCGCCGUUUCCCAUUUCUGAAUUUUUUAAAAUGAAAGCUUAGUGUUAUUUUAUUACAGUUUUCUUCUUGUCGAUAUUUUUGAUAUCGUUGUGUAUUUUUACUGCCUUGGCUCUUCGCUGGCUGAGGCGGGACUUCUUACCGAGAUUUCGACUCGGCGAGAACGUUCCAGACUGUUUACCCGUUUUCACAGGACGGCCAUUAGAGUGACAAAAGGGCGGGAAAAUUUUGUAAGGUUUGUGAAAUCGAGUUUGUUUAAAAUGAGCAUGAUUUUUGUUGUGGUUGUAAAGUGCUUGAGCCUAAUUUCUGAAUGAUGUAAAACACUGAACGUACCGCAGAUUUUCUUUCUUAACGGCUUUGUGAGAAUAAGGACUUCUGGGGACGAUCUGGGGGACAUUUCUGUUUGAAUCUGUGCUGUCUUUCUGUACUGCCCGUGCAUGCACAUUGAAAAAGUAAAAGACUAUCGCGGAUUUGCGUGAUGAUGAACUCUGGUGAAAACGUGGUGGACUUAUGAGGGUUUUAUAGAUGAAAGGUGACCUCCUUCGUUGUCUAAAAUGUUGCCUCAAUUCAGAUGAUUCAAAGUGCAAAUAAACAAAUGGUCUGCUUUU